AUUUAUCCAUAAUUUCUUACUGAAAAGGAACCACUUAUGUCGUUGAGCAUGGAGAUUUAUGUUGCCUAUUGUCAUCUGACCGUGCCUGUGCGGGUACCGGUUACUGCAACUGUUCUUGAUCUCAAACUGAAAAUGGAGACAUACUUAGGUUUGUCAGUGGACAAGCAAGAUGUGUUCUUAGGACCACAGCCGCUCCGGUUGGAAGAUGAAAACGUAUUGCAAAAUAUCUGCCAAGUUCGUGAUGGCAGUACCGUUUUUCUCAGGCUGAAGCUCCAAGUUUGGGUGAAGACGGAACUCGAAAGGUAUGGACUAGUAGUUUAUACGGACAACAACGUGCUCGCCAUGAAGAAAAGGCUGGGGGAAAGAUAUGGCCUUAAGGUAGAAAAUAGGAGGUUGGCUCUUCUUGAUCCAUCCACAAAUGGGCUCCUAGUUUUGGACGAUCGCACCGUUCUUCAUACUAUCAACAUUCAUCUUAGGGAAGGUAUUGAAUUUCUUUUGCUGUGAUGAAUUCAAUUAUUUAUUUAUUUAUUUAGAUUAAUUGAGCUUAUAAUGUGGUGAAGCAUGGUAACAUUAAUUCUUGGAAGAUAUUUAUCUCAAUGGUAUGGAAUCCUAUAUUUAUAGCCUAAUAAUCUGUGAUGAUUUAGUACUUAUCAAUUACUUGUAAGGAAUUUUUGAGGUUAUUACUUCCAAGGAAUUACUAAAAGAUUAUAGUUAUA